GCCAGUCGUGUUGGAGCGUCAUACGCAAGCCCUGUCAAUGAACAUUUGAUCAUUUGAAUUGUAUUGUUGCUCUUAUGUUUACAGUAUCUGUAUUUUCAUCUGCGCUUGCAAUAAUAGGAGCCAGUCUCUCCAUGAUGUCUUUGAGGAUGGUGCUGCCUGUACAUUUGUCGAAAUGACACCCAGUUAUGUUGCGCAGGGAAAAACUGGGUUUAGAUACCUGAAAGGUUCGCAUUGUUAACUUUAGUGGCAAUCUGCGUGAAUGGCAAAAAUGCCGCUGGGCCUAAAGCCCUGCUGCAGCGUCUGUAAGACGAACUCUUCAUCAAUGUGGAAAAAAGGAAGCCAAGGGGAAAUCUUGUGUAACAACUGCACCGGAAAGAGCAGCGCCCCAAGCAGUGCAGCUCCCGGGACUUCCUCCUCCACGUCUUCGGCGCAGCAGAACAACGGCGGUGGGAAGCAGUCUAAACAGGAAAUCCACAGGCGAUCAGCUAGAUUAAGAAAUACCAAGUACAAAGCUCCAGCUUCUGAGAAAAAAGUUUCAACCAAAGGGAAAGGAAGACGGCAUAUAUUUAAGCUUAAGAAUCCUAUCAAAGCACCUGAAUCUGUGUCUACAAUAAUCACGUCAGAAUCUUUAUUUUAUAAGGGAGUGUAUUUUCAGAUUGGAGAUGUUAUUAAAGUCAUUGAUGAAGAGGAUGGAAGACCAUACUAUGCUCAGAUCAGAGGAUUUGUUCAAGAUCAGUACUGUGAAAAAAGUGCUGCUUUAACUUGGUUAAUUCCUACAAACGAGAGCCCAAAAGAUCAGUUUGAUCCAUCAACCUACAUUGUAGGCCCAGAAGAAGACUUUCCCAGAAAAAUGGAAUACUUAGAAUUUGUAUGCCAUGCACCAUCAGAAUAUUUUAAGUCCCGAUCAUGUCCUUUUCCUACGAUUCCCAUUCGUCCAGAAAAAGGUUACAUUUGGACUCACAUUGGACCAACGCCGGCAGUUGCAAUCAAGGAAUCCAUUGGAAAUAACCUGUAGUGCGCUGCGGGAAUUAAAGCACAGACCCAGCUUCUGAUCGAGGCAGAAUUCCUGUUCUUGACAUCUUUUUUUAUUUCAUUCCACAGUUGACGAUCCUUGACAGGUACAUACUUUAUUUUUAAAUGAAGAGAAAGACUUGUAUAUUUUUUAAUAUUACGUUUUUUUUCCUGAACUGGCUUAAUCAGACAUUAAUAACUAUUUUUAAAAGUAAACAAAUGAAGCAAAUUUUUCAAUUAGCCUUAUGUGUUUUCAUUCAUCAUAUGAUUUGUAAAUAAAAGUAUAAUUAAUGAUGUAUUUGAUAUUUGUAUUGUUUACAUGUGAACUACAUAUUCUUGUAAGUUGUGAGGCCGUUUGCCUGUCAUAAAGCACAGUCAGUUUAGAUCCAACACAGUUGUAGGUCAGACUGGUCUUUACUGGUUUAAAUGGGGCUGGGUAAGAGUCCUGGCCUGUGCCGCGUGCACCUGAAAUAUGUAAAGCCCUGCUGGUCAGAGAGAUGAUGCUCUGGUCCCAUAUUGGGAUUCAAAGGGAAUUCACCACAAAAAUCGCAACACUCAAAAGUUUAAUAUCCAUAUAUUUGUCAACAUGUACUUUAUCAACAUGAGUUAAUGAACAAAACAAUAUCAUUAAAUUAUCUGAAGAGGUUUGUAUAGUAAAAUGUACAUUUAAAAUCAUUUACGUUCUGAUUUUAUGUAAAUGUAAAAUUACAGCUGUUUGCCUUGAAGUACAUUUUGGACAAAAAAUGAAAUUGGGUUAUUUAUGUAGUU